GCGCUGCUCGUACGUCUGCUAGACUCAGCUGCUCGGUGCGCGGUUAGGUCGACAGUAGCGCCCCCCGUGGCCCUCCUGCUUGCGUAGCUCGGCAAUAGAUGGCACCGCCGGCUAGUGGCAGUACAUGUGUGUGUGUGUCAGUACUAGCGCAGUAUAGUGAUGGCAGUAUUGAACUUUCUGUUGGCGUUUGUUUUUUGAUUGUCGUCAUUGGCUUAAGACAUCUUGGCAUAUUAUGUGUCGUGACCCUCAUUUAUUAUAUGUGGCGAUUUGGUAUACCUGUCUUUCGGUUUCUAUUGGCAUUUUUAUUCAUUGGCGAUUGGAGGUGAUGUAGUCGUGGUACGCUUAGUGAUGUUCAUUUCGGUUUCUGCGUUGAGUUGGACGUGUGGCGCGGCGUGCCCUGUAAGUGAAAUGGUUUGUAUGGAUAAAAUUGUAUGCCAUGAUUGUAAUGUUUCGCAUAAUUUCUAAUAAUUACCGUUUUGCUGGUUUUUACGUGGUCAGCUCUGUUACAGUUUGCUCUUACCUGUACCAUUUAGACGGAUUUGUUUCGUUUCUUUGUCACUGUUACGCCACAUUUGUAAAUGGGGUGUCGCAUGCAGGUUACGCCCGGUUUUGGUGCGAAUCAUCCGUGGCGCCUGCUCCUGUUGGUGGCGCCGGUUGGUGCGGCGCUCGACGUACUGGUGGCGCCGUUGGUGAGGCGUUCGGCGCGCUGGUGGCGCCUGUCUGGUGUGGCGCCCGACGCCUCGACAGCGCCCGUUUGGUGUGGCGCGCCCGGCCACGUACUUUGGCGCCUGGUUUUGGUGGCGCCCGAGCACUGUGCUCACUUUGGCUGCCGUCUACAUCCUGCCGAGAGUCACUCCGAUGAAACCGUGCUCAUGCACAUGCGCUGUUACAAUACAGCGUGGUAAUCAUCUGGCCUUUUUGGCGGAGCGGAGCAGACGGCGGCUACAGUUUCAUCGGACUCUUCUCUCCCUGCACUUCUGCUUGACGAGGAGCUGCUGCGGAGUUCGUCAGACUGACUUGUCCAGUGAGGUUUCAUCUGGCGUCUGCAUACAUGAGGUAUUGGGGGCCCACAUUCGGUCAGGGAGAUUGAAGGUGUCAGCACCUGGUGCCUUGUGAUGCCUUCUAGUUUGAUGGUCCUAGCAGUGUUUGCUGGGCAGUAAGAAUCGCAGUGACAUCUGGUGCCAGUAGCUACAGUUUGGUGUGAUGCAGACAGCUUGGGGUAUGGGGAUUGGGAGGUGUGACACAUGGCUGGCUAUGGUGGAAGCUGAGGUUCAUUGUGUGUGCUGCUAAGUGUGUGAGAUUGUUGAUAUUUUGGGUUCUGAUGUAUCCUGCUUUGGUUGGUUGUUAUUGUUAUGUAUGUCAGGCAUCUGUUUAGCUUAAGUCUUGCAGAGAGUUAUUGGUGGUGACAUAGGCUAUCAUCCGCAGGUAGAUAGGUCUUGGUAUUAUCUGAUAUGGCUUCUCGAGAUGAUAUAAGUAAUUAUAGGGCCUCUGAGCUGCAGCGCUUGCUAGAAGAGCGUGGACUAGAUACAUCGGGCAAGAAAGUAGAGUUAGUUGAUAGGUUGUGGGCGGCAAUGGAGGAGGAGCGGGAGAGUAGUAAGGUAGCAGUAAGUGAGGGAGUUAGUGCUCCAGAGGAGCGUGCUGUGCUGCAGGGUCAAUUGAGAUUUUUGAAAGAGAGAAGUAUGCUAGAUGAGGAGGAGGCCCGUAUAGAACAGAUGCAAAGAAAGAUAAAGGCUAGGCGAGAGCAGUUAGUUCUAGAACAGAAACUUGCUGCCAUGGGACAUGAUGUCACUGAGGAUGUUAGGAUUCGAACGGGGCAUAGUGACAUCUCUACUGCACUGACAGAGCAGGUGCAGCGGUCACUGCUGCCUCCUGCAGCUUUGACUCCCUUCCGUGGUGAGAUCUCAGAAUAUCGACUUUUCAUUCAGGCCUUUGAGUCCCGUGUAGCGGCCAGGACCGGGGAUAAAUCGGAGUUAUUAUAUUAUCUCGAGCAAUAUACCCAAGGGAAGCCCAGGGAGAUCGUGCGCAGCUGCCUCUAUCUCGGCGACCAGGGCUAUGCUGAGGCCCGGCGUUUGCUGGAGGUGCGGUACGGUAAUCGGCAUCUGCUCAUAGAGACCUUCUCGGAUAAGCUCAGAGACUGGCCCAAGGUAGCUGAAGGGGAUGUUGAAGGGCUGGACAGGCUGGUGCUGUUACUGACAGAGAUCCAGCAUGCCAUGGCUGGCCUCCCAAAGGGGGAGCUGGACCACCCGCGAACCCUGAGGGAUGUUGUACGAAAGUUGCCUGGGUACUUGCAGGAUCGGUGGCUCAGGGAGGUCGACAGGGUGAUGGAGGGACCAGAGGGCCGGAUGGUGGAACUUAAGGACCUGGUGGAUUUUCUGGCAGCUGAGGUCAGGGUAAAGAGUAAUGCGGUCUUCGGAUCGCUGCGGUCUGGACCGCGGGCGUCUGGCGGCGUGAGUCGCGUCGAUCCUCAUCGCGCGCGCGUGAGUGCUGUUAACGCUCGGCCGCUGCCGUCGUCAGCGGGCCGGCGCUGCGAGUUCUGUGAUGGCAAUCACUUCAUUGGGGACUGUGAUCAGCUGAUGUGGCAGACCUGGGACCGUAGAAAGGGGGUUGUGUCUGAUCACAGGCUCUGCUUUGGGUGCCUGAGAAAGGGACACGUGGCGAGGUUUUGUCGCUCGCGGCUGAAGUGUAGCGUCUGUGGUGCACGGCACCCUACUGUGCUGCACAGGACGUUCUCAUCGGCGCCACCUGGUGCGGGUUCUUCCCCAGGAUCUCGUGCUGUUCAGGUUCCGUCUGGUGGGAGCCAUGUGCCGCCUGGCAGCGCUCAGGUGCCCGGCCGGGUGAAUCAGUCACCUACCGAGGCGAUCCGUGCGGUACCGGGGGGAGGUCGCACAUCUGUUCGUGGUGUGCCGGGCCCGAGUCAGCCGGUGCAGGAUGGUGCUGGUGCCGGUGGGGGUCCUGUGGGUACCCGUACGGUUCAAUCGCUCGGUGGAGGUGGAGCAUCCAUGGUCAGUGCACGCGUGGAUGUCACUGAUGAUGUACGUACUUACAUGCCGAUAGUCCCGGUUCGGCUAAGGUCGAGCACGGGCAAGGAGAUUGUAACGAAUGCCUUCCUGGACCAAGGCAGUUCUACCUCCUUCAUUACUGAUCAAACCAUAACUCGAUUGGGGGUAGAGAAACGGCCGACGACGAUUCGCAUAGAUACGGUGACGGAUUCAAGGCAGGAGUUGGACUCCGGCCUCGUUGAAGGCGUAGAGGUCGCGCCUCUCGUUGGCGAUCAGUACCGUUGUCUACCGCCCUUAUUCUCACUGGCCAACAUACCAGUCACGUCCAGUGACAGGUGCAGUGUAGAACAGGCGACGAGAUGGGAGCAUCUGAAUGGUGUAGAAAUUCUGGAUUUGAACGUGCCCGUCGGGCUGCUGAUUGGUGGAAAUGUUGCUGACCUUCUGAUGGUGAGAGAGGUUGUGUCUCCGUCAGCAGGACAGGAAGGACCACAUGGUGUCAGAGUUGAUUUGGGUUGGUACGUAGUGGGACUCUCCUGUCACGGCCUAGACGGCAGACCGCAUCUGGUUAACUUUCUGCGAAAAAGUGAUUGCAGAGAUGACGAGGAGGACAUCCGUUUGAUGUUUGAGAAACUUUACUCUGAGGAGUUCCGUGAUGUAUCUGACAAUCGUGAAGGCAUGUCUGUCGAGGACAAGGAGUGGUUGGACAGGGUGAAAGGUACCGUCCGCAAGGACGAGGACGGUCACUUCGAAAUCGCUCUUCCAAGGUCAGACCUGGGUAGCAUUCCUGACAGCUUCCCAGUUGCCGAGAAGCGACUCGGUUCGCUCAGAAGGAAGUUUAAACGGGACCCGAGCAUGUUUCAGUCGUACGCGUCUGUGAUCAACUCGCUGAGAGAUGACGGCUAUGCAGAGAAGGUUCCGUCCAGCGAGCUUGCCCCAAGGUCACGUGACGUUUGGUACCUUCCGCACCAUGCGGUAGAAAGCCCAGCGAAACUCAGGGUGGUGUUCGAUUGCGCUGCUCGGUCAGCAGGGGUUUGUCUAAAUGACAUUCUCCAAGGCGGUCCCCACCUGGGUCAGCCGCUGACAGCGGUUGUUUCUCGCUUUCGUGAAGGUGGUGUGGCUUUCGCUUGCGACAUACAGGCGAUGUAUCACAGGGUACAUGUCCCUGCCAGGGAUUCAGACUUACUUCGGUUCUUGUGGUUCAAGAACGAUGACAUUGAUGCAGGCGAGAUUGAAGUGUGGAGAAUGCGUUCACACGUAUUCGGUGCGGUCUCUAGCAGCAGCGUUGCAUCCUUGGCUGUGCAACUGUGCGCCGAGGGGGGAAAGCAGCAGUUUCCCGAGGCCGCUGAUGUGCUGCUGCGAAACAUGUACGUUGAUGACGCGCUUGUGGCAGUCGACUCUGUUGAGAAAGCGGUCAGUCUCGCAGAUGAUCUGAAACGGCUGUGCCAAACGGGCGCGUUCAGCAUGAGGAAGUUUGUAUCUAACAGUGCAGAUUUCCUAAGGAGCAUUCCCGAAGGAGAGAGAGGAAAGGGCGUCAGGGAUUUGAAUCUGGACAGAGACGAACUUGGCUGUAAUCGUGCGUUGGGCGUGGAAUGGUGCAUGGAGGAUGACACGUUCCGUUUUUGCUUUCAAGACAGGAAGAGCCCGGUGACGAGACGCGGGAUCCUGUCCACUGCCAGCAGUGUUUUCGAUCCCAUUGGAUUCUGGGCUCCCAUUUCCCUGUCAGCGAAGCUGAUUCUGCAGAAACUUUGUGCUGCAUCCUGUGGCUGGGAUGAGGCAAUUCCACCCGCUUUGGUUGAUGAGUGGCAAGCAUGGCUUCGCCGAGCUGAGGAGCUGAGCGGUGCGUGCUUGGCUCGUGACAUAUCUGGUCCAUCGGGAAGUGUGCGCUCCACGGAGCUGCACGUGUUCGUCGACGCCAGCGAAUCGGCCUAUUCUGCGGUGGCAUAUAUUCGAAAGGAAGUCGUGACCGAGAGUGAUGGAGACAGUGUGUUCAUGGAAUUCCUGAUGGGAAAGUCCCGAGUGGCCCCGCUUCGCUCUGUAUCCGUCCCAAAGCUCGAGCUGGCUGGGGCCGUGCUGGGUUCUUUGAUCCGGCAGUUUCUCGUCAGGGAGCUUGACACGAGGUUCGACAGAGUACAUAUGUGGACGGAUAGUAUGGUGGUGUUGAUGAUGAUCAGGAACAGGACGACCCGGUUCAAAACCUACGUUGCGAACCGACUGGCCCUGAUACAUGACGUGACAGAGGUGUCUGAAUGGGGUUAUGUACCCUCGGGAGAUAACCCUGCCGACGUGGGCUCACGUGGUGCAGACGGGACCAACUUGGGAAUGUGGCUAAGGGGUCCGGGCUUCUUGAUGAAGGACCAGUCAAUGUGGCCUGUGGAGCCGACUGAGCGUACCCCUCUCCCAGCGUCUGAGGUAAAGAAGUCUAGUCCUGUAGCCACAGCGUUGGUCGGGCGUCAGACUGAUCCAUUCGGUGGGCUAGUUCGUUACUUUUCGUCUUUCUAUCGGCUGAAGGUGGCAGUAGCCUGGUACAAAAGAUUCAUGACUGUCAUCAAAAAUGGUGAUUUCCGCAGGUACGUUUUGGCGAAGAGGAAAGGACUCAGGCCAAGACGUGGUGGAGGCGCGCAGGCUCUCCUGACGCAGUCGGACUUGAGCGAUGCUGAGUCCGACAUUCUCCGCUACGCUCAGUCCGGCAUGGCUGAUCUUCCUCGUGAUCUGUCCACGGACGGUCCGGUGAGGGUGGCGAGGACCAGCCCCUUGGCCGCUCUCAGACCGCAUAUUCGUGAUGGUCUCCUGGUGGUGGGAGGUCGGCUGGAUGCGGCAGAAGGAAUCUCGAUGCGAGCUCGUCAUCCGGUGAUACUCCCACGGGAGCAUCACGUUUCAAAAUUGGUGAUCCGUGAGGCACACAGAGCUGUGGGACACGAAGGGAGAGAUCAUACGCUGUGGCGUGUGAGGGAUAAGUACUGGGUUAUUGGCGCGGGGAGAGAGAUCAGAAAGAUGCUGCGUGGGUGCACGGUAUGUAGGAAGGUGAAUGGCCGGCCGCUCGGGCAGCUGAUGGCGGACCUGCCAGACGAACGCGUCGUUCCGGGCGUUGGGGCGUUCGAGAAGAUCUCGUGUGACGUUUUCGGUCCUAUCCCUGUGAAGAGUGGCCGGACAGAACGUAAGUGUUGGGCGCUGUUGAGUACCUGCAUGACGACUCGAGGGGUGCAUAUAGAGCUGCUGGAGUCGCUCAGCACUGAUUCGUUGGUCAAUGCUAUACGCCGUGUAGCAGCUCGCCGCGGAGAAAUCCGCCAAGUGAGAUCUGAUAAUGGGACUAACAUGUGCGGAGCUGACAGGGAGCUUCGCGAGGCCCUGUUAGAGCUUGAUCCCGAGGAGUUGCAACGGGCAGCCCGACCGCACGGAAUUGACUGGGUGUUCAAUCCGCCUCACGGUUCUCACUUUUCUGGGUCUGUAGAGCGUCAGAUUAGGAGUGUCCGAAAAAUUUGGAGGUCUAUGCCUGUCACUCGUCUGUUGGAUCGUGAAGCGCUGUACACACUGCUCUGUGAAAUAGAAUCAAUCCUGAACAGCAGGCCGCUCACGUUUGUUACCACCAGUGACAGUAACGUUGAGCCAAUUACCCCGAAUCACUUGCUUCUCUUGCGUGCGUCUGUUCAUCCUGUUCCUGGUGUGUUCGGUGAGUCCGAGUCGUUCUCGAGGCGCCGCUGGAGGUACGUGCAGUACUUGGCUGAUCAGUUUUGGGUGAGAUGGAAGAGAGAAUAUUUGCCUGCGCUCCAGGCUAGGCAAAGAUGGAGACAUGGUGCGAGAAAUCUCCAGGUAGGAGAUAUUGUACUGCUUGUCGAGACAGGUGCUCCCCGAGGUACUUGGCCACUUGCCAGGGUAGUUGAGACGAGACCCAGUCGGGACGGCCGUGUUCGAAAGGCCUUAGUUAAGACCAGUGUAUCGACUUACCUCCGACCUAUCCAUAAGAUGGUUUUAGUUCUUGCUGAGGCCGAUUUGGAGUGGUGAGUGUUUCGCGGCCGCCAAGGUGUGCAGCUCUGAUUGUGUUCCUGUUUAUAUGUGUUAGCUUGUAAGGCUACUACAGGCGGCGUCGAGACGUUGCGAGCGUACCUUAGUGUUGUGUAUCGAUAUAUUCUGUCAUGUCUUGUUGUUCCCAUGUAGUUAUCGUGGCAGCGCUCAAGUUUUUCAGCCGUAUGCUGAAGGGGGGAGUGUAGGCGCUGCUCGUACGUCUGCUAGACUCAGCUGCUCGGUGCGCGGUUAGGUCGACAGUAGCGCCCCCCGUGGCCCUCCUGCUUGCGUAGCUCGGCAAUAGAUGGCACCGCCGGCUAGUGGCAGUACAUGUGUGUGUGUGUCAGUACUAGCGCAGUAUAGUGAUGGCAGUAUUGAACUUUCUGUUGGCGUUUGUUUUUUGAUUGUCGUCAUUGGCUUAAGACAUCUUGGCAUAUUAUGUGUCGUGACCCUCAUUUAUUAUAUGUGGCGAUUUGGUA